CUUUAAGGUUUACUGUAAGAAUAGAUGCUGAUUAAAUGCAGACACACACUGAGACAUGGAGUUAAAAAUCUGCAACAUGACUGGCUGGAUGAGAUAUCAUCUGCCUGAUGAUAGAUGUCCACAUAGAUGUCACAUUAGAAGAGGAUUCUUUUUCUUAAUUAUAUUGAUAUUCUUACUGUCACUUGUUCUGUACAUCUCAUAUACAUCUCACAUGCUGCCUUCAACCUCUGACACUAACGCUUUAUAUAAAAAACUGGUAAUUCAGAUAAGGUCAUAUUAUGAAGGAAUUCCCUUUGAAUUCUCUUUUGCGGAUCAAACUCAAAAUCAAACUCAAAAUCAAACUCAACAAAUGAGUACUACACAAAAUACACCCACAGUAAACUCUGUGCAUUAUCACCUAGCUCAUCCGUACAACUAUCAGUUCAUCAUGGAUGAACCUGAGAAAUGUCUCCAUCAGAACCCAUUCCUGGUCUUGAUGGUCCCUGUGUCCCCCAAUCAACUGAAGGCUCGGAACGCAAUCCGGAGCACGUGGGGAAAUGAGACCACGGUCCGUGGAAAAACAGUGCUGACUUUGUUUCUCGUGGGCUUGCGUGAUGGACCCAGUAGUAAUGAAACACAACAACAGCUACAGGAGGAGAGCCGACAACAUGGAGACCUACUGCAAAGCAACUUUAUGGACUCGUACGUCAACCUGACCAUAAAGACGAUGGUAAUCAUGGACUGGUUGGCCACUCGCUGCCCUCAAGCGUCUUUUGCUAUGAAGGUCGAUUCUGACAUGUUUUUGAACCUGGAGAAUUUGAUGAGCCUCCUUUUGGCCCCCGAAACACCCAAACAGAAUUAUAUCACGGGCAUGGUAAUGAGAGACCGACCUGUGGUCAGAGACACAAACUCAAAAUGGUACGUGCCAAAGGAGCUGUACCCAGAACCACACUACCCCGCAUACUUGUUGGGAAUGGGAUAUGUUUUCUCCAACGAUCUUCCACCUAAAAUAGUUGAGGCUUCCAAAGAGAUAAAGCCUUUCAACAUAGAGGACGCAUAUGUGGGUGCUUGUCUUAAGCGUUUAGAAAUUCAACCCUCGAUGCCCCCAGUCCCUUCUCAAUUCAGAGCCUAUUUAAAUAAGUAUAACCGGGAUGAGUUUCUCAAGGUCAUUACAACAAUCCUGAAUUCUCCUCAGCAACUACUUGAUUUCUGGAAGGACGUUAAACGGUCUGCAUGAAGAGAAUCACAUACAUCACAUAUGAGUUUUGUCUGUUUGAAUUGUUGAUGUGUUAAUGGUUGUUUAUUGUUGAUUUAAAGAAGACAUUGUUGGAGUUACUGGACUGGUUAACUACACUCUUAAAAUGAAUGUGUUAAAUUAACACAUCUUGUGUCUAGUUAAGGACAACACAUUGUCUAGUGUGUUGUCCUUAACUGAACACAUCUCUGUGUUAUUUUUGGAAUGUGUUGUCUUAACACAUCUUGUGUUGUCCAUUUCAUUUAUUUAAGCUCACAAUCUACACCAAAUGACACACAAUGUGUUAAAAUAACACAUAAUGUGUUAAAUAGUUUAACACAAAACAAUGUGUUAAAAUUAACACAUCCUUUCUGAGAGUGUAGCUAUUUACAACAACGACAACAAUAUGUUGAGUUUGACGGUUCAGAAUGUUUGAAUAUUGAAUGUGGACUUCCACAAGGUUCAAUUGUAGGACCCAAACUUUUUAUUUUAUAUAUAAAUGAGAUUUGUGAGGUUUCAAAAAAAAUUACACUAUGUAUUAUUUGCAGACGAUACAAAUUUAUACAAUUCAGGAAAUGAUUUGAAAACUUUAGCUAAUAAUAUUGAAGAUGAAAUGGUUAAACUAAAAUUGUGGUUUGAUGUAAAUAAAUUAUCUUUAAAUUUGAAUAAGACAAAGUUUAUGAAAUUCAGCAAUAAGAGGAAGGAGGAAGUCCGCUUAUCUAUAAACAAUGUAAAUAUUGUAAAGGUGUCUGAUUUUUAGGAGUUACCUUAAAUGAGAAAUUUACGUGGAAAAGUAAUAUAUUGCAUGUAAAAAAUAAGAUGGCAAAAAGCAUAUUUAUUUUGAAUAAGCUUAAAUACAGUUUACCGUAUAAUACAAUGAAAAUGUUAUAUUGUUCAAUAAUUUUGCCUUAUUUAAACUAGAAAUAUGCGGAAAUACAUAUCAUAGUAACACUAUUUAUUUUACAGAAAAGAGCUAUUCGCAUUAUUUUCAAAGCAGGAUAUAGAGACCAUACAAAUCCACUCUUCAUUAGAUCAGGAUUAAUAAAAUUUAAAGACAUUGUAGAAUUACAAAUUUUAUUAGUGAUGUUUAAAGCUAGAAGCAACGCUCUAUGACUAACAAAAGUUAUUUGUUCUCACUGCUAAAGAUGGAAAUCAUAGACGGCCGUAUGACUUUAAACAUCUAACAGCACAAACAAACCUGAAACAAAGGUGUUUGUCUGUUGCUGGAGCAAAAGCGUGGAAUUUUUAAAGGAGAUUUAAAAAGUUGUAAAAAUAUUUUGGAAUUUAAAAGGAGUUACAAAAAGAAACAACUUGAAUUAUAUCAAAUUGAAUUUUGAUUUGGACUGUAUGUGAUUAUUGUAAAACGUUUAAACAAAUAUCAGAUAUGUUGGAGUUUGGGUGAUGGUGGAGGGAACAAUGACAUAUACUAUUUAAGUUAAUAUAUGUUGGGUGAUACUAAUGCCAUCUACUAUUUAUGUCUAUAAAGGAGGCAGAUAAAUAUAAGAAUAGUAUUCUUCCAUAUGCUCCUUUCUGAUCAUGGAAAUGUAAAGGAAAAUUCAAAUGAACUAUACGUGCCUUGAACAAAUAAUGCAUUUUCAUGAAAAGAAUAAAAGAGAAAUGAAUGAAUGAAUGAAAGAGUU